CUUUGUCCCAUCCGCACUCGAAAUAGGUUAUUGACAAAACCAACUUUCCUAUCCACCGAUCAGUUCAUUGUCCGGACUGAGCUAGAUGCUGUUUCGGCAUCAGUAGUUCAACGAUCUGCCGAUGUGGCAUCUGAUCUGCGCGGGGGAAACUCCGGCCCCCGCACGGCGGAGACUGAUGUGGGAGGUUCCCGACAACUACCAGACAUAUAACACAAUUAAAUCCCAAUAUCCUCCUCCUAAACCAGAAAAAUAACAAAUAAAACAAAAAGGAAACGAAAGGAAAAGAAGGACCCAUAUCCAGCCCGCAUCAUGAUCUCCCAAUCCCCUGAAUCUACUUUCUGGAACGUCAUCAGCGGCCAAAGUCGCGGAAGUCAGCAAACCCGUCGCGGAACGGACCCGAGGAUCGACCAACCGCUUUGGCCCUGUCCAGUUGCUUCUACAGCUGAUCUAGAUGACGCUGUCGCCGCGGCACAGACUGCAUUUUGGGGCUGGGCUGACACGGAUAUUGCGCGUCGCCAAAAAGUAUUGCUGGAUCUUGCCGAUAUCUUAUGCGCGGAAACGGAGCUGAUUUCGGGCAUUAUCUGUAAAGAGACGGGGAAAUCUAAGUUUAUGGGGGAGUUGGAGGUAGAGCACUCAAUAAACUUCUUGAGGUUCAACGCCAGCCAGUCUCUCCCAGAGGAGACUCUACACGAGGAUGAUUCGAUGAAGAUCAUAAGUACCCAUGUCCCAAUCGGUGUCGUGGCAGCCAUCUGCCCCUGGAACUUCCCACUCGUCCUCGCAACAGCCAAGAUCGCCGCAGCCCUAGUUACUGGAAACUGCAUCAUCGUGAAGCCUUCCCCCUUCACACCGUACAGCACUCUAAAGUUCGCCGAGCUUGCCGCGAGGAUUCUUCCGCCAGGUGUCUUCCAGGCAUUGAAUGGCGAAAACGAACUCGGCGAGCGAAUGACACUCCACCCAGGCAUCGACAAAAUAAGCUUCACGGGAUCAACGAAAACGGGCCAGAGGAUCAUGGAGAACGCAGCGAAAACACUAAAGAAAGUCACCCUCGAGCUCGGGGGUAAUGACGCGACCAUCGUCUUCCCCGAUGUUGUUGUUGAAAAGGUUGCCGCGCAGGUGGCUGUCGGCUGCUUCUUUAACGCGGGGCAGAUGUGUGUUGCGACGAAGCGCGUAUAUGUCCAUGAGGAUAUCUACGAGGAGUUCAAGGCGAGUUUGGUGAGCGCCGUGCGGGGUCUUAUGGCGGCGCCGGACUCGGAGAGUGUGCUGGGCCCGCUGCAGAAUCGGAUGCAGCAUGCGGUGGUUCAGAAGCUUUUUGCGGAUAGCAGGGAACUCGGGCAUGACUUUGCGCUUGGGGAGGACCAGUCUUCGCUUCCGGGGCUCUUUAUUAACCCCAUCAUCAUUGACAGGCCACCGGAUGAGGCGGCCUUGGUUCGGGAGGAGCAGUUUGGACCAAUAGUGCCUCUCCUCUCAUGGAAGACUGAGGAAGACGUCCUGCGAAGGGUCAACAACACAGAGAGCGGACUCGGGGCGUGUGUGUGGUCAAUGGAUAGAGAGAAAGCGGAGCGAUUCGGACGCAGGCUCGAAGUGGGAUCUCUCUGGAUCAACAGUUUUGAAAAGCCACAUCCUGCGGGCUACUUUUCAGGCCACAAGAAGAGUGGGAUUGGCGGAGAAUGGGGGAGACAGGGGUUGCUUUCGUACUGUAAUACGCAGACUAUUCAUGUUUAUAAAUCGGGAUAGGACAGUAGGAAUGUGCCUUUGGUUACACCUGGAUCGA